AUGGAAGACUUAGAGUUACGGUUUGGUGCCAAUCUUCGCCUUUAUGAUAAAGAACGGCAGGGGGUUCGAAUUGGGGAGAGUGAUCUCGGCAGUCAGUUCGUUGGCCACCACAACACCCUUGUGGCCAAAGUUCAUUCCCAGCGUGUCGUCAAUAAGGAGGGCUUCAUAGCCUCUUUCUCUCGUAUGUGGAAAGGCAUUGCUGGAGUCUCGAUCAAGGAGUUUGCUGACAAGUCUUUUUUGGUGAGAUUUGAGAAUCACAGAGACAAAGCUAGGGUUUUGGGUAUGAAGCCUUGGACAUAUCAUGAUGCCCUUGUCUUGCUCUCAGAGGUCACAGUGGGCUGUGACGUUAGAUCUGUGGAUUUGAAUUUGGGUGUUUUCUGGGUGCAACUUCAUGGUAUCCCUCUUUAA